CGAGCCUGGUCGCGGAUCGAUCGCCAGUAUACAACCGCGCCUUUUUAUUGUCGCGGUGUCGAGAAAACGUGCAGUUUCGCGCAGGGUGCACAAAAAAAAAACAUCCGCACCGGCUUGUCGCAUCUGGUUCACUGUUGGCGGUUUUUAAAAGGGUGUGACGCUUGAAGGCUUACAGGCGAAAAUAAUGAAGUGGCUCUGGAUAAUCGUCUUGGUAGGUCUGGCCUUGCCGGCUGCCGUUCCACGAAAAAUCCACAGAAGCAAGCCCACGCCACGAUUGUAUGGCGACAGCGUCUCCGUCGAGUUAAUAAGGACCAGCAACAGCAAGGUGCGGCAGAAGAUCGUAGAUACACACAAUUACUUUCGCACCCAGGUCGAACCACCUGCCGCCAACAUGCUCGUCAUGAAAUGGCAUUCGGGUUUAGCGAAGGCAGCGCAGAGAUGGGCCGAUCGUUGUCUCGGUUUAGUGCACGACAACGCGACCGGACUUUACCUGGAUGGUUUCGGUCAAAGCGGGCAAAACAUUUUCAUCAGCACUGGUCGUACACUCUGGAACUUCCCCAUCAGAAUGUGGUACAUGGAGUACAAGGACUUCAAGUACGGGCCGAAUACGACGAACGAGCUCCUCGAGAUCGGCCAUUACACGCAGGUGGUGUGGGCGACGACGCAUCUGGUCGGUUGCGGGGUGAGCCACUGCACCAGCGGCGAGGGUCCGCUCGGCAAGGACUUCUACAUGUAUGUCUGCAAUUAUGCCCCGAGCGGAAACUACAGGGGUCGUCUGGGCCUGCCCUACGUGGCCGGUAAGCCGUGCAGCAUGUGCAAAGACCAUUGCACGCGGGGCAAGCUUUGCACGAACGCCUGCUACCACGUCGACCUGUGGUCGAACUGCGCCGAGCUGGUCAGGACAUUCGACUCGUGGGUGUGCGAGACGGACAGCAAGGAGGGCCGCGAACGUCGGAAGUUCUGCGGUGCCACGUGCAACUGCAAGGACAAGAUCUACUAUCAUCACGGGUAGGGAGUCCUCGUUGUACGGGUCCGCGUCGCGCACGUUGCAUGAAUAAUUUAUAAUCGCAAAACUAAGCUCAGACCAUGGUGGUGAUGGUGGUGGUGUGUGCGACGACAGCUAAACGGUGGCGGAUCGCUUGAGGGGGGAGGCGGGGAUCAUCGCGUUGUUUUAUUGAUGAGCUCGUUUGUUUAGUGAUGAGACUGAAGGAAACGUUUUGAGCUCUGGUCUCUCCGUCGAUGGCGGACAGGAUAAACGGGAUAAUAUGGAAAUGGAUGGUGGGAUGAAGUGAUUGCGGAAUUCGCCGAGUACGCUCUCCGAAUCUCUGGCAUCUGGAUUUUACCAGGGAGGUGGAUGAAUCGAGUGGAUCGAUAGAUUCUACGCCGCGAUCUAACGAUUCCGCCGUACGAUCUUUCGAGUCUACGUAAAUACCUAGAGAUCCUGAGAAUAUAAGAUUCUUGUUGUAUACGAUCCUCGAAUUCUAGAAUUUCACGGUUCUCGAGAGCUCGGGAUUCAUCGAGAAUGAAUUAUUGGUAAAAAAGUCUUCUUUGUUUAUCUUUUAGAGUUUUUAACAAGUUUAUCGCUUGAUGUUUGAACGCGAAAUGGAGAAUAAAUUUGCAAGCAAUAUCUUAUAAUUGCAUAUGUAAUAUUUUUAAUGCGCUAAAAUAUCAUUUUCAAUCUAACAUUUAUUUCGCUUAAGUGUACGUUUGCCCUUUAUUUCGUUCAGUAAGAAAACAGAUCGAGGAAGCUUGGUUCGAGAAAUAGAUCGAUUUUGUAUCGAUGAAUGUUUCAUGCAUCAUCUUAACAUCAAAAUAAAUUGUAAGAAAAUUAUUGGAUCCUCUAUACACACAUGCGUACACCUUCGAUAUUACAUUCAAAAAGGAAAAUAAUUUCGUAAUUAAUGCUCGCUUUCGCAAUUAGUAAAACAAACUUUCAAAGAAUCGAGUUGAAAAUUUUUUAACAUGCUUGCGUUCUAUCAGCAACUUCUUAAUUCCCUUGCUCUUUAUAAGAAUAUAGAAUUUUCAAUUACAUUAUACGGGCAAGAUAAUUAAAAAAAUAACUUUCAAAAAUAUACAUAUACUUUCUAAAUAA